CCUCCUUCAGAUAAGGUUUUCUAAAGCAAAAGCCUUUCUUCUUCUCCUCUCUCUCUCUCUCUCUAACAGAGCUCAACUGAUAAGAAAUGGCAGCAUCAAUGGCGCAGUGCGUCUCCAGUUUGUACCUUCCGGCGAAGCUGAAGAGCCUCUCUCUCACCGGCACCGCCAAUUCCGCCUCCUUCAAGCCUCUCAGUUUCUCCUCCAACGCUUCCUCCGCCAAUCUUUUUUCUACAGGAUUGGCUUCGGGGCGCCCCGUCCAAUCGAGCCCUAACCGGCGCUCGAUUGUGUGCGAGGCGGUGACGACGAAGAAGCCGGAUUCGGCUGCGAAGAGAGCUCGCCAAUCGGAGAAGAGGCGCGUGUACAACAAGGCCAAAAAAUCCGAAGUCCGGACCCGGAUGAAAAAGGUUCUUGAAGCCUUGGAAGUGCUAGUAAAGAAGUCCGACGCACAGCCCGAAGAAGUUCUACCGGUCGAGAAAAUGAUUGCGGAAGCAUAUUCGGUCAUCGACAAAGCAAUCAAAGUUGGAACACUUCACAGAAAUACCGGGGCUAGGAGAAAAUCGAGACUCGCUAGAAGAAAGAAGGCCGUUGAAAUCCACCAUGGCUGGUACACACCUUCACCUACAGAAACAGCUCCAACGGUAUAAUAAUAGCCGAUUCCUUGUUUAAUGUUUUGUUGUAUAUUUCAAUUGUCGAACAGUCUAGUAGUAAUUUUCUCUUUUUUUGUUUAUUUAUUUGCCAUUGAUUCGUAAUAUGGUUAUCCCUAUGUUGAGCACGUGACAAAACAUUUUUCUUGAUCUAUCACUCCGACGAAAAAAGGGAUGAUGUUUUUGGUACCGAA